AUGUCAACAAGACGAGCACGCUCUCUUAGUCGUCAUCGAGGUGUUACGCCUGGUCGUGAAAUGACCCCGUCUAUUUACGAUAAUGGUGACACCUCGUAUUCCACUCGAUUAAAUAUAUAUCAACCAGAUAUUUAUUAUUCACGUGCUCGUUCGGUAUCACGUCUUGACGACUAUGUACCUCGUGCUGCAAGUGUUGCUCGUUUUGAUAAUGUGGCCGAUGAAUAUCGUUCAACGGGAGGUAGAUCAAAUGCUUAUGACAAUUGGCGGCGUUCACAAUCAGUGAAUCGUUUUGAUCAUUUAAAAGCACAUCGACCCUAUCGUCCGUAUGCCACACAUGAUUUUGAUUAUUUUGAUCGUUACACAGAACGUAUCCGUGAUAAAACACCAAUUUAUCUCGAUGAUCAUUAUCAUCAUUUUCGUCCUUAUUAUUGGUAUCAUACAGCACCACGCACAUUCUACUAUAAUUUCCCAUAUGAUGAUUGGCGUUAUCGUCCAUUGUACAAUUAUCGUAGUCCAAGUUUAUAUUCAUCAACCGGCUAUGAUACAACAUAUCGUUUUAAUGAUGCGAUUAAUCGUGUUGGUACAAUGAAACGUGCCAUGCGUGAUAUUGAUUAUAAUCGUGAAUUAAGACAAUUAAGAUUUCAUUAUCCAUCAACAUUUAGCACAUUAACACAUGCUGAUCAUCUUUUGGGUAAAGCAAGAGAAGAUGUUAGACAAGCAGUUAGAAGUCGAGUGGGAGAUAGUACAAGAUUAGAUAAUCCAAGAGAUUAUUUUGGAAGAACGUUUGUUCGAUUUGAAAAACAAGGUGUUGAUAAUGUAGGAGUGAAAUAUACAGGAUUGACAAAAACGGUUGACGCUAAACCAAGUUAUUGGAAAGCUGAAGAUAAUGUUGAAACCGGAUAUGAUUUACAAGCAAUGAAUGAUGACACAAUCAAUAAAUUAGAUGAAAAUCAUACACGAAUUGAUGGUAAUCGUGAAUGGUUGCUACAAGAUCGUGCUGGCAUUGCACCAAGAAUGUAUCAUUUUGACAUGGAUUCACGUCGUGCUCGUCGAGAUGUUGAUAAUGCUUAUCGUUCAGUGAAAAAUCUAAAACAACUCAAACAUGAAAUAACAAAUCGUUUAUCACAUCCAUGGACAUUCGGAUCAUAUAUGUACUGA